AAUUAUUCUUCCCUUUAAGUUUAAACCUAAAAAAGAAUCUCCAGUUUCCUAAAACCCUAGCCAUUUCAUCGUGUACCAGGAACUUUGCAGUGGGGUUUUGCGUCCUCCAUCAGCGACUCAUCAGAUUUUUCAAAUCGAGCUACCGAACCCGAUUAAAGACAGAGCUACGGAUCUAUAAAUUUUUCAUUGGCGGUUCAUACGAAAGUCUCAAUGGCUUCUCCUAACGAUGUGCCGUCGGCUUUGGACAAGGAACAGAUAUUUGGUAUGGCAGAAAAGGAGAUGGAAUAUCGAGUUGAACUGUUCAACAAGCUUACACACACAUGUUUUAACAAAUGCGUUGACAAGAAGUACAAGGAAUCUGAGCUGAAUAUGGGUGAAAAUAGUUGUAUUGAUCGCUGUGUUUCCAAGUAUUGGCAAGUAACCAAUUUAAUCGGCCAGCUACUCGGCUCUGGUAGGCCUCCAAUGUGAAUUGAAUCGCAAUCUGAAUAAUUGGUUUGGUGAGUUGGGAAUGACAGAACUUUGGUUUAUGCAUUUUUUUGUCAAAUUAAUUCUCUCUAUCUCACAAAAUAACUUAUUUUUGUUGUUCAAGAAAGCACUGAUAAAUGGCACAUUCUAGUCAAAUGGUAUAGUUCACCAUUUACUAUGAUUUUUAUUUUUUUGUCUGGAAAAUAUGAGAUUGAGUCGAGAUACCAUUUUUCCUUGCUCAACAUCAUACUACACUUCGGAGAACCAAGUUUCCUCGUAACUUUUGCCAAUUUUUGAAUUUCUGUGUAAAAAUAAAGGUUAAACCAAAUUUAGUUGGA